AUGCGGUUCUUUCAUCUGUUUGCUGUCGCGAUCUCGCUGUUCUUUGGUGUAUUGGCGACCGAUAAUGGCCUGCAAACGGAUGUGGAGUGGGAUAAUGGGUCGCUCAUGGUUAAUGGCGAGCGCGUCAUGAUCAUGAGUGGAGAAUUCCACUAUGCUCGCCUCCCAGUACCUGAGCUAUGGCUCGACGUCUUCCAGAAGUUCAAGGCGAACGGCAUGAACGCCGUUUCAAUUUACUUCUUCUGGUCGUACCAUUCGGCAUCGAAAGGCGCAUACGACUUCACAACACCGGGGAAAGAUAUCCAGCGCCUGUUUGAUAUGGCCAAUGAAGCCGGACUUUACGUCAUCGCACGACCAGGUCCAUACUGUAACGCGGAGACAAAUGGAGGUGGCUUCGCUCUGUGGACCAGCGACGGAAGUGGUGGCAAGUACAGAACUUCGGAUGAGACAUAUAGACAAGCGUGGUCGGAAUGGAUAGCGGAAGUAGGCGAGAUCAUCGCAAAGAACCAGAUCACCAACGGCGGACCUGUCAUCCUAGCGCAAGUCGAAAACGAACUGCAACAAACCCGUUACGAAGCCAACAACACACUGGUCAUCUACAUGGAACAGUUGAAGUCCGCCUUUAAAGACGCAGGCAUCGUCGUACCCUUGUCACACAACGAAAAGGGCUUCAGGUCGAAGAGUUGGUCCACUGACUACAACAAUGUUGGCGGCGCGAUCAACGUUUACGGUCUGGAUAGUUACCCUGGCGGCAUGAGCUGCACAAACCUCGACACUGGAUUCAACCUACCCAGGACUUACUACCAGUGGUUUCAGGAGGUCUCACCUACUCAGCCAGAGUAUCUGCCCGAAUUCGAAGGUGGAUGGUUUCAGCCAUGGGGUGGCUACUUCUUCGACCAGUGUUUGGCUGAGCAGAGCCCGGAGUUUGCAGAUGUAUUCUACAAGGGCUUGAUCGGACAGCGAGCUAGCCUUCUGAACUUGUACAUGGCAUACGGCGGCACGAACUGGGGCCAUUCUGCAGCUCCUGUUGUGUACACUAGCUACGACUACGACGCGCCGCUACGCGAGACACGAGAAGUACGCGACAAGUUCAAGCAGUACAAACUCCUUGCACUAUUCACCCGUGUCAGCAAGGGCCUUCACAACACGUUUAUGGAGAACAACGGCACCGCAAACGCGGUCGACAACUCCGCAAUCUGGACUUGGCAGCUCAAAAGCCGCGAUACGGAGGGGAGAUUCUACCUUGCCGAGAACAACAACACUCGUACCCGCGCUGUUACCGAUUUCUCGAUAACGAUCAAGACAUCGGAGGGCGAUGUCGAGAUCCCGAGCAUGCAGCUUGCGGGCCGUCAGAGUCGAUGGGUAGUCACGGACUACGCUGUGGGUGACGAAACGCUGCUCUACUCGUCAGCCGAGAUUGCUACCUAUGGCCUGUUUGAUCGGCCCGUCCUCGUACUCUACACCCGCGAAGGCCAGACAGGAGAGUUCGCAUUCAAAUCACAGGGUAACGUAACGUUCAAGGCAUACGGUGCGGAGUCAGACCUUGCGAGUAAGCCGGCCAAUGGCACCUACUCAAGCUUCUCGUACACCCAAAGCAAGGGUGCGACAGUCGUUGAGUUCUCCAACGGCGUUCUUGCUUAUAUGCUUGAUAUACCGACUGCAUGGACCUUCUUUGCGCCAUCAACGACAGAUGACCCCAACGUCACACCCGACCACCAGAUCUUCGUGCUCGGGCCAUAUCUCGUCCGCUCUGCCAGUGCAUCAGGCGGCACAGUUUCCGUUGUUGGCGACAAUGCAAAUGCGACGACUAUCGAGGUAUACGCCGGUUCUGAUGCGGAAACGAUAUCCUGGAAUGGAAAGGAGCUCGCUACAACGAAGACCCCCUAUGGUUCUCUUACUGCUGAGAUCGAAGGAACUGCUGACCGCAAGAUUACUCUUCCAGAGCUCUCAGACUUUAAGGCUGCUGGAUCUUCGCCUGAGAUACAACCUUCGUACGACGACAGCAGCUGGGUCGUCGCCAACAAGAACACCACUCUGAGCCCAGUCAAACCACUCACUCUCCCUGUACUCUUCAGCAGUGACUACAAGUACUACACUGGCGCCAAGAUCUACCGCGGAUACUUCUCCGACAAACCCGCAUCAUCACUCAACAUCACAGUCCAAGGUGGUAUAGCGGCUGGAUGGGGGGCUUGGCUUAACGGUCAAUCGAUUGGUUACCAUCCCGGUAACGCGUCGCUUACUUCAACAACAGCCUUGCUGUCAUUCAAGAACGUUACAUUGAAGGACGAAGGAAAUGUCUUGACAGUGAUAACCGACUACACUGGUCACGACCAGACCUCCACAGGCCCCGCAGGCGCCGAAAACCCUCGCGGUAUACUAGGUGCCCAACUCCUCGGUGGAAACAACACGAACAUCUCGUUCGACCAAUGGAAGAUCCAAGGUAACGCAGGUGGAGAGCGCAAUAUCGACCCAGUCAGAGGACCUAUGAACGAAGGCGGCCUAUACGGCGAACGCCUCGGCUGGCACCUCCCCGGCUUUGACACAUCUUCCUGGGAAGAUGCCAGUCCCACCGCCGACGGUAUCCAAGGCGCCGGCAUUCGUUGGUUCACCACCACUUUCUCUCUCUCCGUCGAUUCCGAUCUCGAUGUCCCAAUUGGCAUUGAACUCGGCGCUCCAAAAGGUACCAUCGCACGCAUGCUCCUCUUCGUCAACGGAUACCAGUACGGCAAAUACGUUCCCCACAUCGGACCUCAGACUCGCUAUCCCAUUCCUCCGGGUAUUCUGAACAUGAGGGGGGAGAAUGUAUUGAGUGUCACGUGA